CACGCCGCGGGAGCGCGCAGAGCUCAUCAUGUCCUCCAGGUGGAUUUCCCUGUAGUCUCUCCCCACAAACAGACGUGAUCAAAACAUCUUAAUCUUCAUCUUCAUCAUCAUCAUCAUCAUCAUCGGUUCUGCUGUGCGCGCGCCCGUGUGUGUGUGUGUGUGUGCAUGAUGCGCGUGCUGGCGUUCUGGACGGCGGCGUGCGUUUUCUGCGCUGUAGUGAGAUGCGUUCCUCUGGCGGAUGACAAGAGCACUGACUGUGGUUCUGAAGACGUCAGUAUCGGUGCUAACGGACCCACGGCCGGCUGUGACCGACGCGACACUGAUGAUGUUCUGAACGCUCAGGAGAGACACGAGGGUCUGCUGAGAGAGCUACAGGAGCUGGCUCAACACGAGAAUGACAGAGAGCGAGAAUACACCCGCGAGAGAGACGACUAUGAGCUCAACGACGAGGAGGAAGACGAGGGAGCGAUGAAGGAGCAGAAUGCGCGAGACCUGGAUGAGCUUCUGCAGGAGGAGAUCCAGAAGACGGAGAUCCAGAGGAAACAAGACGAGGAGCUGGAGGAGCUUCUGAAGGACCUGAAGAGCAAACAACAGGAGAAGAAACGCAGGAGGAACGAGGAGGAGGAGGAGGAGAAGAGGAAGAACGAGCUGGAGCUGAGGGUGGAGAAGGAGAAGGUGGAGAAGGAGCUGAAGGAGCUGCUGGAGGAGCAGAAGAACGACACCAAGAGCUGGAACAAAGAGAAGGAGAAGGAGGAGAAACAGGAGGAGCUGCAGGAGCUGAUGAGGAAGAUGGAGCGUGUGAAGGAGGUGGAGGACGAGAAGAAGGAGAAGCGGGAGAUGGAGAACGCCAGCGAUGAGGCCACAAGACAGUUCGAGAGAGAGAGAGACGAGGAGGAGGAGGAGGACAGACAGCGUGAUGAAGAGGAGGAGGAGGAGGAGGAUGAAGAUGAGGAGCUUCUGGAGAUUGAAGCUGAACUGAGGAAAGUGGCAGCGCAACUACAUGAACUACGCAGGGGUUAAACACACACACAAAAUAUCACAUCAUUUAGUCCAUUCAUGAAGGUAUAUAUUCAUAAACUCAUAGAGGCAGUUCAUUUAUUAGGCUUCACUAUCCUGCUGCAGAUGUUCAUAAAUAUAAUUCUCAACAAACACUAAAUGGUAAAGCCAUAGAGACGUGUGUUUAGUGCUCAAUAACACAAGCCACGCCCCCUAAUCAUCACUGAGAGAAUAUAUAUAUAUAUAUAUAGCCCCGCCUCCUCAUUUGAAUAUUUCAGCAUUCAUGUCUAUAUUGUAAUGCAAUACUUUCUUGAGUGGUACAACUAAUAUAAUGAGACACGUGUGCACAUAUGAUGAAGUAAUAAUGUGAUUUGUGCUCUUGACUGUUACUGUAAAUCUGAAUCAUUCUGCUGUGUGAACAUGGCUAAAACUGUUCUGGGGUCAGGAGAUUGUGUUUGUGUGUGUGUGUGUGUGUGUGUGUGUGUGUGUGUGUGUGUGUGAGUUGGACAGGAAACGCAGGCGUUCUUUCCCUGCAUGUUGCACUUUCCUGAAAGCAGCCAAUGAGAGCAGGUCUGGUCACAGACUCCGCCCACACACACAUUGAUGUCAUUGAGUUUUAAUAGAUUUGAAAGAAAAACCAGCAAUAAGAGACAGAGGUGCUGAUCAACAGGCCUACAUGAGUGUUGACUGCAGAAUGAAUCUUAUAUUUAUUAUGAAUGUAAAUGCAGAUUAGCGGAACAUAUAAAGGGGAGAGAAUAGUUCUGUGUGUUUGGUUUAAUAAAGAUCUGUUGACUGAACACACAGCGCCUCAGUGUCUGUCUGAUAGAGAUCCUGAAGAGGUUUAUAAUAUGUGUGUUUUAAUGUGAUCAUUGAUUUCAAACAAGCUCCGCCCUCAGAUUCUUCACCAUGGCAACCAUGGCAUCGUUCAUUGUGUGAGUGAAUCGUUUAGUUUGAAUCAAAUCAAAAGUGAUUCUUCACGGUUCGUUGUAAAUGAGUGAAAGACUCAUUUAAGUAAUAAGAAAUUAAACAAAGCACUUUAUCAGUCAAAUUCUGUUUCACUUUAAUCACGUUUUUGAUUUAUUAUUGUAUUGGGCAUGACCAUUAUUGCAAUAUCUGGUAUUUUAAAAAGUGUCAUGUAAAUAUGUUAUAUUAUGAUCAUCACUACUAUGGUAUUAAAAUUUUGUCGCUUUUACAAUAUAAAACAACAGUAAUUUCUGUAGCAAGAAUCAAAUACAUUGUUUAAAAAAUUCUCAGUAUGACUGAUAUUAGUAUGGAAACUACUAAAUAAAAUAAAGGUAUACUAAAUAAUACUAAUAAACUAAAUAAAGGUCAUUUUAUUUUACAGUCUGCACUUUUUCUCGCAGUUUAUAUCGUCAAAUUCUUUUUUUUCGGUCUGAAUUCUGAGUUUAGGCUACAAAUUGCAAUUCUAUGGAAGCGCAUUUUCGCUACAGUAUAAGAUAAAUAUUUUUUUGUAACAAUUCAGACUUGCAAUUCUGAUAUUUUCCUCAGAAUUGCAACAUAUAAACUGACGCAAAUCUGACU